AUGUUACCUUACACUGAAAACAUUAUUCAAAAACCAUCAGAAUAUACUUACUUUAAAUUUAGUCAAAAAACACAAGAACGAAUAUACGAAGAUGAACAAAACCGAAUUCUUAUUGAUGAAGAGUCUCUUCCAUCAACAGCAUUUUUCACAUUUUUUAAUUCUCAAAACGUUGUUAAUUCAGUCAACUUUAGUGAUGACGGUCAUUUAAUAUCAGUUGGAUGUUCAGACUCAUCAAUUCGAUUAUAUGACUUUAAAAAAACACAAGUUGUGAAUGGAAUGAACCCACAAGCAAAAUUACUAGGUCAUUGUGGUCCUGUGUUCAGCACUAAUAACUCACCUGAUUUCAAAUGGCUUGUAAGUGGUUCAGAAGAUUGUUCAGUAAGACUCUGGUCAUUAGAUUAUCCAUCUUGUAUCAUGUCAUUUAAUGAACAUGAUGGACCAGUCUGGGAUGUACAGUAUUGUCCAUUAGAAUAUUAUAUGUUAAGUUCAUCAUAUGAUAAAACAGCUAGACUAUGGACAUCUAAACAAAACAAAAGUGUACGUAUAUUUGGAGGAGAUGGUGGACAUAGUGAGGAUGUUACAUGCUCUGUAUUCACACCUGAUGCAUUGAUGGUCAUCACAGGAUCAGCAGAUAAAACAAUAAAAAUAUGGGAUGUUGGGAAAGGAAAGAAAAUGGCAGAUUUAACAGGACAUGAUGCUAGUAUUACUUCAUUGGCUAUUAGUUCAACAGGAAGAUAUCUUGCAUCAGGAGAUGAAAAAGGGUCAGUUAUUUUAUGGGAUAUUAAAUAUGGAGAACAUGUUAAGAAAAUUAAAAUGUUGAAAACAAGUAAUCAACCAAUUAUUUCUAUGGCAUUUUCUAAUGCAGUUAUCAUUCUUGUUACUUGUUGUAAUGAAAAUUAUAUUAGUCUUUGGAAUAUUCAAGAGGCAUUACAUGAGACAGAAAGUAAACACAAAUUAGCAAUGAAUAGUGCAGAUAAUUACUUGAUUAAACAAUAUAAUACUAAAGAUACUCCAGUCAUUGAUGUUCAAUUCACACGUAGAAAUUUAUUAUUAGCAGCUGGUAUUUAUAAUUCACCAGAAUAA